GCAGCGACAUAGACAGCCCUGGCGUUGGGCGUGAGAGGAAGAUGGCGGCCUCCUUGCGGCCGAGCUGCAGAAGUGGUGCAAGAAUGAUCAACCUACUGUUAGGCAGGGAUUUAAGGCGAGGGGCUCUUGUUUCUACUGUCGGGGGCUGCAGGUUUCUGCAUAAGACCGCAGAGCUCCUGGGUACCCCUGCUGUUAAAAUCCUCAUGCCUGCACUGUCACCCACCAUGGAGGAAGGAAACAUAGUGAAAUGGCUGAAACAAGAAGGAGAAACUGUGAAUGUUGGAGAUGCAUUGUGUGAAAUUGAAACAGACAAAGCAGUUGUUACCAUGGAGUCAAGUGAUGAUGGCAUCUUGGCUAAAAUAAUGAAGGAAGAAGGAAGCAAAAAUGUGCGUCUGGGCACACUCAUAGGCUUGCUGGUGGAAGAGGGACAAGACUGGAAGCAAGUUGAAAUACCAAGUGACACGGCUGAUGUACCUUCCUUGUCUCCACAAGCAGUAGCAGCCCCUUCAACUGCCAUUGUAUCACCUGUGCCUAAAAAGUCAGAACACCAACCUGGAAGACUACAGGAUGCUCUCAAGCUUCUUGAUCAAAGGCAGAAGGGGAAAUCCAUUGAAGCAAGGCCAGUGGUUUUGUCACUCCCUUCGCAGCCAGCGGGAGUGCCUUUGGCCCCACCAUUAGCAAGCUUGCCUUGUCCUACUGCUCCUCCAGUUUCUGUACCAGGACAAUUUGCUUCCAAGGGUGCGUUCACUGAAGUCCCUGCUAGCAACGUUAGAAGAGUUAUUGCUAAGAGACUAACAGAAUCUAAGACUACUAUACCUCAUGCAUAUGCUGCUGCUGACUGUGACCUUGGUGCUGUUUUGAAGCUUAGGCAAGAGCUCGCAAAAGAUAACAUUAAAGUGUCAGUAAAUGACUUCGUCAUCAAAGCGACAGCAGCUACCCUCAAACAAAUGCCAGAUGUGAAUGUGACCUGGGAUGGAGAGGGCCCCCGGCAGCUGCAAUCUGUAGACAUCUCUAUUGCUGUAGCAACAGACCGAGGUCUCAUUACACCAAUCAUAAAAGAUGCUGCAGCCAAGGGAGUUCAGGAAAUUGCUACUUCUGCUAAGGCUCUAGCAAAGAAAGCAAGAGAUGGAAAAUUGCUACCAGAAGAAUACCAAGGAGGAUCUUUCAGCAUUUCAAAUCUUGGCAUGUUUGGCAUUAGCAGCUUCAUUGCUGUUAUAAACCCUCCUCAAGCUUGUAUCUUAGCUGUGGGACGAACUCGAAUGGAACUUGGGAUUGUGGUGGAUGACGAAGGGAAUGAGAAACUUCAGCAACACCAGCUCAUGACAGUGACUCUGUCAAGUGAUGGCCGAAUGGUGGAUGAUGAACUUGCUUCAAAAUUUCUGGAGAGCCUUAAAUCUAACUUGGAGAAUCCAACCCGUCUGGCCUUGUGAUGAAACGAUGACAUGUUGUUACACCUAGCGAAAGUAUGAAAUGGAAUAAGAAAAGGAAACAAAAGAACAGGUACAAAAUGAGGAAGAGAAAAACUUAGCAUAAAAUAGACAAUGAAACUAUUUAUUUUAGUUAACUUGAAAGACUUCUAACCCAUCCCCCCACCCCCAAAGAUUCUCUACUUAGCUUUUAUAUUCUGGUAUUUUGUUAAAUAUAUUGAAUCAAAGUCAUUGAGAACCAUUGUACAAUGUGCUUUAAUGCAUGAGGUGGUUGUUCAGUUACUUGAAUGUGUAUACGAAAAGUAAUAUAAGUAGUAAAAUGGCACAAAACUCAUCAUUUCCUCCAGAGUGAAGAGACCACAGAGUAUUCAGGCAAAAGGAUAUCAAUCUCAUCAGCCUUGGAAACCAGGAGGCAUCUAAUCUGUAUCAUUGAUUCUACUGUUUAAUAGAGAAAGAGUGUUUCGGUUGAAAGAGUUUUGUUGGAAUAUGAACUGUUUUCUCAACUCUGAGAAUCCUGAGAACUUUGCUAGCAACUCUGUAUGAGUUCUUUGUACACUUUAGAUGUAUUGGAUGUUGAUAAACAGGAAAUAAAAAUUAGAUUGCUGAAUGCAUUUGUGAGUGAAUGUAAAUAGUGGAAAUGUGCAUAUAUAUUUUAUAACAAUUAAUGCCUAGUGCUGACUUUUACUUGCAUUUAGUAUUAAAAAGGAAAAAAAUUGAGUA